AUGGCCCUGCCUCACGGCCCAGCAGAUGGUGGCCCCCCUCCAGAGGACCCCAGCCCUUCUGAGGGAACCUCGGGGCCUAGCCAGGCCGCAGCCAGCCCAGCAGCCAGCAGGCGACGGGUACUGCUUCGGGAGCUGGAGGCGCAGGUGCAGGCGGCCUACGGGCAGGACCGGGAGCUGCGGCCCGAGGAGAUCGAAGAGCUGCAGGUCGCCUUCCAGGAGUUUGACCGGGACCGGGAUGGCUAUAUAGGUUACCGGGAGCUGGGUGCCUGCAUGAGGACACUGGGUUACAUGCCCACCGAGAUGGAACUCAUUGAGAUCUCUCAGCAGAUCAGUGGCGGGAAGGUAGACUUUGAAGAUUUUGUGGAGCUGAUGGGCCCCAAGCUGCUGGCAGAGACAGCCGACAUGAUCGGGGUCAGGGAGCUAAGGGACGCCUUCAGGGAGUUCGACACCAACCGGGACGGCUGCAUCAGUGUGGGCGAGCUCCGGGCAGCACUGAAGGCCUUGCUGGGGACGCGGCUCAGCCAGCGGGAAGUGGACGAGAUCUUGCAGGACAUGGACCUCAAUGGGGACGGCCUGGUGGACUUCGAAGAGUUUGUGCGAAUGAUGUCUCGCUGA